AUGAAAGAAACAAUCUCCCCCACAUACCUAGUAAUCGGAGCCGGAGCCACAAGCCUAGCAUUCGUCGACGAACUCCUCUCCAACACCUCCCAAACCACCACAAUCGCCCUCAUAGACCGCUACGCAGCCCCAGGCGGACACWGGACCACAGCAUACCCUUUCGUCCGCCUCCACCAACCCUCAUCAUUCUACGGCGUCAAUUCCCGCCGCUUGGGAGAAGAACGCAUCGAACAAAUCGGCUGGAAUCAAGGGUUGAUGGAUCUGGCGACUUGUCAUGAAAUCAAUGAUUACUUCUUUAAAGUCGUCGAUGAUUUUCGGGCUUCGGGACGGGUGAAGUGGUUUCCUAAAUCUGAGUAUAUGGGCAAUGGAGAGUGGAGAGAGAUUCUUACUGAAAAGGAGUGGGCUGUGGGAAAGGAGACGAAGAUUGUGGAUGCGACGUAUGUGGAAGUCAAGGUUCCUUCCAUGGGACCGCCGUCUUAUAAAGUCGAAAAGGGGGUGAAUCUUACCACCCCAAACGAUUUGGUGAAAAUCAAUAGGCCUUAUACCAUUUAUACGGUCGUUGGGGCGGGCAAAACAGGUAUAGAUGCAGCAUUGUGGCUGUUAUCCAUGGGAAUCUCACCUGAAAAGAUCAAUUGGAUUAUGCCGAGGGAUCCAUGGCUGGUGAAUCGCGCAGCCAUUCAACCUGGACCGCAGUCCGCCGAUCGACGUAAGAGAGACGAGCAGAAUUUUGGCGCUGCUGUCAUGACAGCGACCUCUGUGGAUGAUUUCUACAGAAGACUCCAGGCAACGCAAAAUAUCCUGCGCUUUGAUGAGGAAGUUUGGCCGACUAGAUACCACGGCGCUACAAUCUCGCCGAUGGAGCUGGAGCAAAUCCAACGUAUCAAGUGCGUUAUCAGGAUGGGGAGGGUCCUUGAGAUUCGUCCGGAUGAAGUCUUGCUGCAGAAAGGCAGCUACAAACCGGACGCUGACACUCUAUUCAUUGAUUGCGCAGCUGAUGGUCUGAAGAAAGCGGACGCCGUUCCGGUGUUCCAAGGCAACACCAUCAUUCUCCAGGCUGUCAGCAUGUGGCAGUCGGUCUUCAGUGGCGCCUUUAUCGCACAUGUCGAGAAGAUGGGAGGAGAUGAUGAGGCGAAGAAUCACCUUUGCUACCCAAUCCCACAUCCCGAGGAGCUGGCGGGGUUCCCCAAAGCAUUGGCGUCGGGGAUGCGGAGUACCGUUGAAUGGUGGAAAGUGCCGGAAACUGUCGCUUGGUUGGAGAAUUCUCGUCUCAAGGUGGGAGUGGGAAUGGAUCCUUGGCCCAAGGAUCCGGAGAGGAGGCAAGCGGCGCUGCGGGAAAAGUCGGAACAAUUUGCUGGACUGUCUCAGAUGCUGUUCAAGUUGGUAGGAGAGGGUACAGAGGUACAAUAG